GCCCCGUCUCGGAGGCCAUUUUGUUCCGCCGGAGGCCGCUAAGAUGGCGGCGGGGGAGAAGGUGAAGGUUGUUUCUGGCGAUAGGCGGCCGGGGUAGGGCCGGCGGCGUGGCGUCCAGCAUGGAUCUGCACACCGCCGUGUACAAUGCGGCGCACGACGGCAAGCUGCAGCUGCUGCAGAAGCUGCUGGCCGGCCGCGGGCGGGAGGAGCUGGACGAGCUCCUGGGUGAGGUGGCAGGUGGCGGCACCCCGCUGCUGAUCGCUGCGCGCCGCGGACACCUGGACGUGGUGGAGUACCUGGUGGACCACUGCGGCGCCAGCGUGGAGGCGGGCGGCUCCGUGCACUUCGAUGGCGAGACCAUCGAGGGCGCGCCGCCGCUCUGGGCCGCGUCGGCAGCGGGCCACCUGGCCGUGGUGCGUAGCCUGCUGCUCCGAGGCGCCUCGGUCAACCGCACCACGCGCACCAACUCCACUCCGCUGCGCGCCGCCUGCUUCGAUGGCCACCUGGAUGUGGUGCGCUACCUGGUGGGCGAGCACAAGGCUGACCUGGAGGUAGCCAACCGCCACGGCCACACGUGCCUCAUGAUCUCCUGCUACAAGGGCCACCGCGAGAUCGCACGGUACCUGCUGGAGCGCGGCGCGCAGGUGAACCGGCGCAGCGCCAAGGGCAACACGGCUCUGCACGAUUGUGCCGAGUCCGGCAGCCUGGAGAUCCUGCAGCUGCUGCUGGGCUGUCACGCUCGCAUGGAGCGCGACGGCUAUGGCAUGACCCCGUUGCUGGCCGCCAGUGUCACCGGACACACCAACAUCGUGGAGUACCUCAUCCAGGAGCAGCCAGGCCACGGGCAGCUCUCAGGGACGGAGCUGCCCGAGGAAGGCUCCCCCCAGGGCGCACGCAGCGGCAGUUCCACCCUGGAGGAAGCAGAGCCUUAUGAGAGCUGCUGCCCCACCAGCCGGGAAGCAGCUGUGGAGGCUUUGGAGCUUCUGGGAGCCACCUAUGUGGAUAAGAAAAGGGAUCUGCUUGGAGCCCUGAAGCACUGGAGAAGGGCGAUGGAACUCCGCCACCAGGGUGGGGACUACCUCCCCAAGCCUGAGCCCCAACAGCUGGUUCUGGCCUACGACUAUUCCAGGGAGGUGACCACGCCCCAAGAGCUGGAGGCCCUCAUCACAGAUCCUGAUGAGAUGCGGAUGCAGGCCCUGCUGAUACGGGAAAGGAUCCUGGGCCCCUCGCACCCCGACACUUCAUACUACAUAAGGUACCGGGGUGCUGUCUAUGCGGACUCUGGGAAUUUCGAGCGCUGUAUCCGUCUGUGGAAAUAUGCCUUGGACAUGCAACAGAGCAACUUGGAGCCCCUGAGCCCCAUGACUGCCAGCAGCUUCCUGUCAUUUGCGGAGCUCUUCUCCUACGUGCUGCAGGACCGCUCGGCCAAGGGCAACCUGGGCAUGCAGCUCGGUUUCCCCGACCUCAUGGGCGUGCUCAGCAAAGGGGUUCGGGAAGUGGAGCGGGCUCUGCAGCUGCCCAAGGAGCCGGGCGACUCGGCGCAGUUCACCAAAGCCAUUGCCAUCAUCCUCCACCUGCUAUAUCUGCUGGAGAAGGUGGAGUGCACACCUAGCCAGGAACACCUCAAACACCAGACAGUCUACCGCCUGCUCAAGUGUGCCCCGCGCGGCAAGAACGGCUUCACCCCAUUGCACAUGGCGGUGGACAAGGAGACCACCAACGUGGGCCGCUACCGAGUGGGUGUCUUCCCUUCGCUGCACGUGGUAAAGGUGCUGCUGGACUGCGGGGCCGACCCCGACAGCCGGGACUUUGACAACAACACUCCGCUGCACAUCGCCGCCCAAAACAACUGCCCAGCAAUCAUGGAUGCGCUCAUCGAAGCUGGGGCCCACAUGGAUGCCACCAAUGCCUUCAAGAAGACGGCCUAUGAGCUGCUAGAUGCAAAGCUGCUGGCCAAGAGCACCGUGCAGCCUUUCAACUACGUGACGCUGCAGUGCCUGGCCGCCCGCGCCCUGGACAGGAACAAGGUCCCGUACAAGGGCUUCAUCCCAGAGGAGCUAGAGGCCUUCAUCCAGCUGCACUGAGCCUGACCCAGCCACCUGUGUGCACUUUGACCUUCUCCAAGUGGAAGCAUCCCGUCCCCUUGGCCUGCUGGCAGUGGGGGCAGUUGAGUGAACCCAGCUGUUGGUUCUAGAAGCCUUCAGGGUCAUGUGGUAGGAAGAGGUCUUUCUCUGUGGCAAAAGGGUGCCCGGACCUCCCCAGUGGCAUCUGUCUGGGUCUGGAGGCCUCUGCCCUGUCACCCAGCCCCCAGCUAGCUUGUCCUGGAGUCCUGUGUACCCGACACUGUCAAGAUGGGGUCAGAAGUCGUUGGCUUCUCCCUGCGGUGGGGCACGCCCAGCACCUGCCACCUAGAUGUUUGCGGUUGGUUUGUUGUUUACUAAGCAAGUGGGCGACAGCCUGGAGCCCACACUUUGAGGUUUUUGCUCUUUUUUUUUUCCUCGGUUUCUGUUUGUUGGACUCACUAAUGACUUAGUUUCAAGUUGCCAGGACUUUGCAGUGGCCACACUGAGAGCAGCGUGAGCUGUGAGUGCAGAUCUGUGACUGACGUCCUGGGAAGCCUCCUCACUCCCAUGCGGUUAGAAACAGGACUGUCCCCAAGAAGGGCCAGAGCAAGUGACAGGAACAGCCAGGCAGACACCAGUGCCUCCAGCCCCGCCCUGUUUGCGGGACUGACAGGUUGAUGGCCGGCAGGUGCCACAGCCAUCAGGUUCAUACCCGUGCCACACUUGUCCUGUCCCACCUCUGAGGACCUGAGCCCAGGUCUUCGUGAGGAGUCCCUAGUCUCCCCAAUGGCUGCCAGGAGUGGGCUUCUGACGAAGAUGGGGAGGUGGAGGGGCUGCCAGCCAGGGCUGCCAUGGCCCUCGAGUGCAGCCCCAGCACCACAAACUACCUGAACGGCACCAGCCUGUGACUCCACCAGCUCUUGUCCCUGUCCCUUACGGCGAGUGGAAUUAAACUUGGAUCACACCGAGGCACGAGGUGCUCCUCCCCGGCCCGUGGGAACCAGCUGCAAGGGGAGAAAGUCUAGUGUAGAGAGGCCAGCCCCUCACUUGGCCGUGAAGCCACAUAAGCUGUCCCGUGAGGAUAUGGUGUGCGAUUGCAGUGUUAGGUAGGUUGUUCUCUGUACAAAACAAGCCUCAGGCCAUACUGGGCAGAGCCUCACUGCCCUGUCCUGCCGAAGCUCAGGGCAAACAGACCCUGUGAGUCUUGGCACUGAUGUUUAUGGAUUAAAGUGCAGGUAUGUGAAGAA